UUUAUCGUAUAACAAUUCGUGACUUACAAUUAAUCGUGACAACAACUAAAUUUCAUUUUUAUUGCAUGCCGAGACAAUCAAUGAUAUUGCGGAUGCAUUUUGCGCGUUAUCACAAAUUGUUGCUUUUCUCAUUUUCACUCAUAUAAUUUGUGUUAUAACUACUCUUUUUUUGCAAAAAACUACAUCAUGCAAUGUGACAGGUGUUUAAAUGUCAUUACAUAGCAGUUCACAAUGACAUGCAUUAUCUAAUACCAACCACUUAUAAUUUAUGUCAUUCUUUUGGUCUUUAUAAUUAUUGGUACUUAAUAUCCAUAAUGAUCUCUCAACCAAUUGUGGUUCCUGGUGGUGAACAACGAUCACAACCAGAAACCCAUUCUGUGUCAGUUGGAGGUACCUCUGAUUCUUUCAAGACCAUGACUCCACCUAAUGUUAGCAGAUCAUUUAGUAAUCGUAUUAGUGACAGUGGAUAUGGUACAUUACCAAGUAAACUAGAACCAGUGGAUCAACAACUUCGACGAAGCAGUGCACAAGCUCAAUCUGCAACAUUACCUAAACUUCCAUCAACCGAGUCCCUAUCGACAAGUGUAAAUUUUACAACUGCUGCACCUCCACUAUCUCCAGGUAUAACAUUAACAUUUAUUAAAUUGGGUGAAAUCAGUCAAAAGACAGAUAAUAUGUCAGACAAGUCUUUAGAUUCUUGUAAACUGACAAGGAAAGAAUCGUACAAAGCUCAAAGAAAGACUUAUAGAAUGGAAAAGAAACGAGUCGCCAAUGAACUUUUAAGUUCAUUCAAAGAUCCGACUGUUAUUGUCAUGAGCGAUUGGCUUAAAGUACGCGGCACAUUAAAAAGUUGGACGAAGCUUUGGUGCAUUUUGAAGCCCGGUCUGCUACUGUUGUAUAAAAGUCCAAAAAUAAAAAGCAAUCAUUGGGUGGGGACAGUUUUACUUAAUACGUGUCAAGUGAUAGAACGCCCGAGUAAAAAGGAUGGGUUCUGUUUUAAAUUGUUUCAUCCUCUGGAACAAUCGAUAUGGGCUCCGCGAGGUCCGGAGAAAGAAGCUAUUGGUGCAGUUGUACAACCUUUACCAACAUCCUAUUUAAUCUUCAGAGCUCCGUCACAGGCAGCCGGCAAAUGUUGGUUAGACGCGUUGGAGUUGUCUUUACGUUGUUCCUCUUUGAUAGUGCGCUCAACGAGUGCACUUCCUCGUGCUUUACCGCAUGAUACCACAACAACGCAUGAAACUCAAUGGAGCGAAGCGGAUUAUGAAAAACAUUUUGAUGAGCAUGUAUGCUUGCCUAACUAUGCUCCACGUUCACCCACGACACCUCAAAGACGUUUGUUAUCGUGCCCUCAACCCCUGACACCUUCUAUGGCGAAUGUUUCAAAAAGUAUUUGUCCCUCGCCGACACCGAUGUUUCAGCAAUUGUACCACGCGGUUGCAUAUUGGGACAAACAAUUUCGCGAUAGAUCACCGACCCCGCAUACAGAUACGGAGAUCAUUCUGACCUCAAAUUCCAUGGACGUGUUAGGCGACGGUGAUGUUUAUUCACGUUUCGAAUCUUCCACUUCCAAGCCUGUUUCGUCCUCCACGCGACGCAUGACUGUCCCUUCUGUACACGUCCUCGAGUACGACACCCAAAAAGUAGUAACGCUAGACCCUAUGCACUCCUCAUAUACAGACCUAGACGACAUCAGCCAACCAGAGAAUGGAGUAGCAGCCGAUGCAGAGAUCAGUGCCUCUGACAGUGAAUCCGAAGGGUCAGCCAAAGAACAGGAAGCAGAGCAGGAGACAGUCAAUGAAACUCCAUACGUCGCAAACGAACAAGAAAUUCUUGGAGCGGCCGGAGAAGUGGUUACGGAAUUGCAGGAAGAACAAAAGUCAUUGAUAUGGUUCCUAAUGAAACAAGUUCGGCCGGGUAUGGAUUUAUCGAAGGUGGUCCUGCCUACCUUCAUUUUGGAACCUCGCUCGUUUCUGGAGAAAUUAGCUGAUUCUUAUUAUCAUGCGGAUCUGUUGUCGCAAGCAGUAAUCGAAGAUGAUGCAUUUACGCGUAUGAAGGCAGUGGUUAAAUGGUAUCUUUCAGGAUUUUAUAAGAAACCACAGGGGUUAAAGAAACCGUACAAUCCACUUUUGGGUGAAACUUUUCGCUGCUAUUGGCAGCAUCCGGACGGUUCGAGGACUUUCUACAUAGCUGAGCAGCUCUCUCAUCAUCCACCAAUAUCAGGGUUCUAUGUUACAAAUCGACAAGACGGAUUUACCAUUAGUGCUACGAUUAUUGCUAAAUCGAAAUUCUAUGGUAAUUCAACAUCAGCAGUCUUAGAUGGUGUUGCGAUAUUAACAAUGUUACCUAGGGGAGAAGAUUACACAAUGACUGUCCCCUAUGCUCACUGCAAAGGCAUUCUUAUGGGAACAUUGUCUAUGGAAUUGGGUGGAAAAGUACAUAUAAACUGCGAGAAAACGGGUUAUCAUACCGAACUUGAAUUUAAGCUAAAGCCAUUCCUUGGAGGUGCAGAACAAAUGAAUCAAGUUGUGGGAGCGAUACGUCUUGGAAAAGAAACGCUGGCUAGUAUAUCAGGGUAUUGGGACGGACAAAUAUUAAUCACUGAUAAAAGAACCGGGCAAGAAAGCGUAUUUUUCAAUCCAACCUCGGAAGUGCGAAAGAAAAGGUUGAAGAAGUACACUGUGCCUCUGGAACAUCAGGGUCCAUGGGAAAGUGAAAAAUUAUGGUACGAAGUUACACAAGCGAUCAAUAGAGAUGAUCAAGUUGCUGCUACUGAAGCGAAAACACAGUUAGAGGAGGCACAGAGGGAACGUGCUAAAGAGCGGAAAGCCAAGGGACAAGAAUGGGUUCCUAAGAAUUUUGUUCAGGAUAUCAUAACCGGCAAUUGGGUUUACCGGCACGCGGACGUGCGGCCAUGGGAUCCUAGAAAUGACAUGGUGCAAUACGAACAAGAUUACAUAGUACGCACGAAAACUAGACAUAAGACACCGAUUAUGCGUACUGGUAGCAUCGUUUCCGUUGAACCACAAACACAGGUUCCGCUACUACAAGCUGAGUCCCGUUCUUCGCUCUCUGUAUUAAAGUCUUCUAAAAGGCAAUUGUCUAAUAAUAUACCGUUAACGGAAACUGCUCACGAUUCUGGCAGUUCCUCUGCUGAGGCACACUCAGAUUCUAGUCAAUCAAUAAGCAAAAGAAAACGUUCUGCUGCUAGAAUAAUAGAUGUGAUAAAAGACUUAGACAGACAAAUGCUAGAGUAUGGGAAUAAACUUAAUCGCGUGCAGCAUAUAGUAGAGCAGCUUGCUAUAAGGCAAAGAGAACAAGGUGAUCAACACCAUAGUAUAAAUAUGAUGAAAAACUUCAUAGAUACAAUUCUUGUUAUUGUGAUCGUUUUCUCUGUACAAUACUUUGUAAAAAUAUGGAAUGAUGAGCCCAGUGGAGGUUGAAGAGCACGGUAAAUAGCGGUCGUAGUAUAUAUAAAUUGUAUAUGUUGAUUUAUCCUAUCUCAAUUUAAACUACCAGCUUUUUAUGUAAGGAAGAGAGCCUUAAAGGGUGAAAUCCCAAGAUUUCAAGUACCUAAUUUAACGUGUGUUUAUCGGUGAUGGUCAUGCGUACGUACAUACUGUUUUAUAGUAGAAUAUCACUGAAGAAUAGCAUUAAAGAAGAAAAAGUUGAAGUUUUAGAAGGAUAAUAUCCGCAAUUAUAGUGCAAUUUCAUUUUAAUUAUAUAUAGUUCACGUUCUAUAAUUUAAUUGUUAUAUUGUUGUUAAAUAAUACAUUCGAAGAAUGUAUACACGUAGAUAUUUCAUACUAAUACAUCGCGAUGUUUUCUGUUCUUCGGUAGAACAACCCAUAAGACAGCAAUGGAUUAUACAAGGUAAAGGGAUUGGAUUUUUCGAGCUUAUAAUCACGUAUAUAAUAUUUUAUGUGCUAAUGCACAAGAAAACUGUUUAUUCCUAAAUUCUAACGAUGUUCUAGUAUCUACUGCAAGCGCUCAACAGAAAAAAUGUAUCAUAAUUUUGUCCUCUAUAUGAGUUUCUUUUCUCGUUCUGUUGCAAUAUCCACUCCUGUAAGUCGUGCCUUCUGCUUCUCUUGCUUUUCAGGUUCAGCUUGCUCUACUUGGAAAUUUAUUACACGAGAUAUGAAAUCCUCAA